GUUUUGUCAUUCUCUCUUCGAUCUAAUCCAUCGGCCGUAGAGAGAAGAUUUAAGAGGGAGAUCCAAAAGUUCUUAAACUCCUUAACGAACAAUUACUGUAUUUACCAUUAGCUUUUUACAUAAAUUCAAUUUUUGCACUUCAUUGAAAAACAGUUCAGAAUAAAUUUUUUUCGUAUAUUUCCAAACCCUAGUUUUUAAAUUCUCCGGAAAAAAUGGAUAUUCGAUUUCCAUACUCUCCGGCAGAAGUCACUAAAGUUCAAUUGAUUCAGUUCGGAAUUCUCAGUCCUGAUGAAAUCCGGCAAAUGUCAGUGGUUCAAGUGGAGUUUAGUGAGACCACGGAGAGAGGGAAACCUAAGCCUGGUGGGUUAAGCGAUCCGAGAUUAGGAACAAUUGAUCGGAAAAUGAAGUGUGAGACAUGUACAGCAAAUAUGGCGGAAUGCCCCGGUCAUUUUGGACACCUUGAGCUUGCCAAGCCUAUGUUUCAUAUUGGGUUUUUGAAGAUUGUGCUUAGUAUUAUGCGUUGUGUUUGCUACAAUUGCUCUAAGAUUCUUGCUGAUGAGGAAGACCAUAAGUUUAAGCAAGCAUUAAAAAUAAGAAAUCCCAAAAAUCGGUUGAAGAGAAUAUUAGAAGCUUGCAAAAACAAAAGAAAAUGUGAAGGAGGUGAUUCAAUUGAUGUACAAGAUCAGGAUGAUGGGGAGCCUGUCAAGAAAAGUCGUGGUGGCUGUGGUGCACAACAGCCCACGUUCACUAUUGAAGGUAUGAAAAUCAUUGCUGAGUACAAGAUGACAAAGAAGAAAAAUGAUGAGCAGGAACAGCUCCCUGAGCCUGCUGAAAGAAAGCAGCAGCUAACGGCUGAGAAGGUGCUUAGUGUGCUGAAGAGAAUAAGUGAUGAAGACUGUCAAUUGAUGGGUUUUAAUCCAAAAUAUGCUCGCCCUGACUGGAUGAUUCUUCAAGUUCUUCCUAUUCCUCCACCUCCUGUGAGACCAUCUGUGAUGAUGGAUACAUCUUCAAGGAGUGAGGAUGAUUUGACCCAUCAAUUAGCCAUGAUCAUUCGUCAUAAUGAUAAUCUGAGAAGACAAGAGAGGAAUGGGGCACCUGCACAUAUCAUCUCUGAAUUUGCACAGCUGCUGCAGUUUCAUAUUGCUACAUACUUUGACAACGAGCUGCCUGGACAGCCAAGGGCCACACAGCGAUCAGGUAGACCAAUUAAGUCCAUAUGUUCAAGGCUGAAAGCCAAAGAAGGUCGCAUAAGAGGCAACUUGAUGGGAAAACGAGUGGAUUUUUCUGCACGUACUGUUAUUACACCUGAUCCAAAUAUUAAUAUUGACGAAUUGGGUGUGCCAUGGAGUAUAGCAUUGAACCUCACGUAUCCAGAGACUGUGACUCCUUAUAAUAUUGAAAGGUUGAAAGAGCUUGUUGACUAUGGCCCUCAUCCUCCUCCAGGUAAAACUGGGGCCAAGUAUAUCAUUAGGGAUGAUGGUCAGAGGCUUGAUCUUCGCUAUUUAAGGAAAAGUAGUGACCAUCAUUUAGAGCUAGGGUACAAGGUAACCCUUUCACUAGGCGUUUCCUUUUCUGCAGCACUUGAACUAGCAUUUUCUGACUUUAUCAAUGCUUCAAUACAGGUUGAGAGGCAUUUGAAUGAUGGCGACUUUGUGCUUUUCAACCGACAGCCAAGUCUCCACAAAAUGUCUAUUAUGGGUCACAGGAUAAAGAUCAUGCCCUAUUCUACAUUUAGAUUAAAUUUGUCUGUUACAUCACCUUACAAUGCUGAUUUUGAUGGUGAUGAAAUGAACAUGCACGUUCCUCAAUCCUUUGAGGCUCGGGCGGAAGUUCUUGAAUUAAUGAUGGUUCCUAAAUGUAUUGUUUCCCCACAAGCAAACAAACCAGUUAUGGGAAUUGUGCAGGAUACACUAUUGGGCUGUCGUAAAAUAACAAAAAGGGAUACUUUUAUUGAAAAGGAUGUAUUUAUGAAUAUUCUUAUGUGGUGGGAGGAUUUUGAUGGAAAAGUUCCUCAACCUGCUAUCUUGAAGCCCAGGCCAAUUUGGACUGGAAAGCAAGUAUUCAAUCUAAUUAUACCGAAGCAGAUAAAUCUUGUUAGAUUUUCUGCAUGGCAUCAGGAGACAGAAACAGGUAUUCUGACCCCUGGGGAUACCCGUGUCCUGGUAGAAAGAGGAGAGCUACUAUCUGGAACGCUUUGCAAAAAGACCCUAGGAUCAUCCAGUGGGAGUUUAAUUCAUGUCAUAUGGGAAGAAGUCGGUCCAGAUGCUGCUCGUAAAUUUUUGGGGCACACCCAGUGGCUUGUUAAUUAUUGGUUAUUACAGAAUGGUUUUAGUAUUGGGAUUGGAGAUACAAUUGCUGAUGCAGCGACCAUGGAAACCAUUAAUGAAACGAUUUCGAAAGCUAAAAAUGAAGUGAAAAAUCUUAUAAGAGCGGCGCAGGAAAAGCAGUUGGAGCCUGAACCUGGACGUACGAUGAUGGAAUCUUUUGAAAACAGAGUUAACCAGGUUUUAAAUAAAGCUCGUGAUGAUGCUGGAAGUAGUGCUCAGAGGAGUCUGUCUGAAAGUAACAACCUGAAGGCUAUGGUUACAGCAGGAUCCAAAGGAAGUUUUAUCAACAUAUCCCAGAUGACUGCUUGUGUGGGGCAGCAGAAUGUUGAAGGCAAACGAAUACCAUUUGGUUUUGUUGGUCGAACAUUACCUCAUUUCACAAAGGAUGAUUAUGGGCCAGAAAGUCGUGGGUUUGUGGAGAAUUCAUAUCUGAGAGGAUUAACUCCACAGGAGUUCUUUUUCCAUGCUAUGGGAGGUAGAGAAGGUCUCAUUGAUACUGCUGUUAAAACUUCUGAGACUGGUUACAUACAACGAAGACUAGUCAAGGCUAUGGAGGACAUCAUGGUCAAAUAUGAUGGGACUGUGAGGAAUUCUCUCGGGGAUGUUAUACAGUUUCUUUAUGGUGAAGAUGGUAUGGACGCUGUUUGGAUUGAAUCUCAGAAGUUGGAUUCCCUGAAAAUGAAGAAAUCAGAAUUUGAUGCCACAUACAGAUAUGAGUUUGAUGCUGAGAACUGGGAGCCGGAUUAUAUGUUGAAAGAGCAUGUGGAUGAUCUAAAAACUAUUCGUGAGUUCCGUAAUGUGUUCGAUGCUGAAGUCCAAAAGCUUGAAGUUGAUAGAUGCCAACUUGCUACUGAUAUUGCAACCACAGGUGAUAACUCUUGGCCAUUGCCUGUUAAUCUCAAGAGGCUGUUAUGGAAUGCCCAAAAGACAUUCAAGGUUGACAUGCGAGAAAAGUCUGAUAUGCACCCAAUGGAAAUUGUAGAAGCUGUGGAUAAGCUUCAGGAGAGGUUGAAGGUUGUUCCUGGUGAUGACUUUUUAAGUAAGGAGGCUCAGAAGAAUGCCACCCUCUUUUUUAACAUCUUGCUUCGCAGUACACUGGCUAGCAAACGUGUUUUGAAGGAGUUCAAGCUUAACCGAGAAGCUUUUGACUGGGUUAUAGGUGAAAUAGAGUCCAGGUUUUUGCAGUCCUUGGUGGCUCCUGGGGAAAUGAUAGGCUGUGUCGCUGCCCAGUCGAUUGGUGAGCCUGCCACUCAGAUGACGCUCAACACUUUCCACUAUGCUGGUGUUAGUGCUAAGAAUGUCACUCUUGGUGUUCCAAGGUUGAGGGAGAUCAUCAAUGUGGCCAAAAAAAUCAAAACUCCCUCACUAUCAGUCUUUUUACAUCCUGAAAUUAGCAAGACCAAGGAGAGAGCUAAAAAUGUUCAAUGUAUUCUAGAAUAUACAUGUCUGCGAAGUGUGACUCAUGCGACUGAAGUGUGGUAUGAUCCAGACCCUAUGAGCACUAUCAUCGAGGAAGAUGUGGAUUUUGUUAGGUCUUACUAUGAAAUGCCAGAUGAAGAGGUAUCGCCUGAUAAAAUUUCUCCCUGGCUGCUUCGUAUAGAAUUGAACCGUGAAAUGAUGGUGGACAAAAAGUUGAGCAUGGCUGAUAUUGCAGAGAAAAUCAACCUGGAAUUCAGUGAUGACAUGACUUGUAUCUUUACUGAUGAUAAUGCUGAGAAGUUGAUCCUUCGUAUUCGUAUUGUGAAUGAUGAAGCUCAGAAGGGGGAUUUGGAGGCUGAUUCUGCCGAGGAUGAUGUAUUCCUCAAAAAGGUUGCUAGUAGCAUGCUGACUGAGAUGGCACUUAAAGGAAUUCCAGAUAUUAACAAGGUUUUCAUUAAGCAGAGUAAAGUGAAUAAGUUUGAUGAGGAAAAAGGUUUCAAGGCUGAAAAUGAGUGGAUGUUAGAUACUGAAGGUGUCAACCUUCUUGCUGUUAUGUGUCAUGAGGAAGUUGAUGCAACAAGGACAACAAGUAAUCAUUUGAUUGAAGUUAUAGAAGUUCUUGGAAUUGAGGCUGUUCGGAAGGCCUUGCUAGAUGAGUUGCGUGUUGUCAUUUCCUUUGAUGGAUCGUAUGUCAACUAUCGUCAUUUGGCUAUUUUGUGUGAUACAAUGACAUAUCGUGGGCAUCUAAUGGCUAUUACUCGUCAUGGUAUCAACCGAAAUGAUACUGGGCCGUUGAUGAGGUGCUCAUUUGAAGAAACAGUGGAUAUUCUUCUUGAUGCUGCUGUAUAUGCGGAAUCGGAUUAUUUGAGGGGUGUGACAGAAAAUAUUAUGUUAGGACAGCUAGCGCCAAUUGGGACUGGUGGCUGUUCAUUAUAUCUUAAUGAGGAUAUGUUGCGACAUGCUAUUGAACUCCAGCUACCAAGUUAUGUGGAAAAUUUGGAAUUUGGUAUGACACCAGCUCGAUCACCGAUAUCUGGAACACCUUACCAUGAUAGCAUCAUGUCUCCAAGUUACUUGUUGAGCCCAAAUCUUCGUCAUUCGCCUAUCAGCAGUGAUGCUGCCUUUUCUCCAUUUGUCAGUGGCAUGGGGUUUUCUCCUGCAGCAUCCCCGUAUCCUUCGCCAGGAGGAUCUGGAUAUAGCCCUACUUCCCCAGGAUACAGCCCUACUUCACCAGGCUAUAGCCCUACUUCACCUGGGUAUAGCCCAACUUCCCCAACUUACAGCCCCGGGUCUCCUGGCUACAGUCCAACAAGUCCAGCAUAUUCACCUACGAGCCCAUCUUACUCUCCCACCUCGCCCAGCUACAGUCCUACCUCACCGAGCUACAGCCCCACAUCACCGAGCUAUAGCCCCACUUCUCCAAGUUACAGCCCCACUUCUCCAGCAUACAGCCCCACAUCACCAGCGUACAGCCCCACAUCACCAGCGUACAGCCCCACAUCACCAUCAUACAGCCCUACAUCACCAUCUUACAGCCCUACAUCACCAUCCUACAGCCCUACAUCUCCAUCCUACAGCCCCACAUCCCCAUCCUACAGCCCCACAUCACCUUCAUACAGUCCAACAUCACCUGCAUACAGUCCUACUUCCCCAGGAUAUAGUCCCACCUCUCCUAGUUAUAGUCCUACUUCACCAAGUUACAGUCCUACUUCUCCAAGUUAUAACCCAUCAGCCAAGUAUAGUCCCUCACUUGCAUAUUCUCCCAGCAGUCCGAGAAUUUCACCAUCCAGUCCCUACAGUCCUACAUCUCCAAAUUACAGUCCAACGUCGCCAUCUUACUCUCCUACAUCGCCUUCUUAUUCGCCUUCAAGCCCAAGUUAUAGUCCAAGCAGUCCAUAUAGUUCUGGUGCAAGUCCAGAUUAUAGCCCCAGCUCUCCACAAUACAGUCCUAGUGCAGGAUACUCUCCAAGUGCUCCGGGUUACUCUCCUUCGUCCACCAGUCAGUACACUCCACAAAUGAGCGACAAGGAUGGUAGAAGCAACCGUUAAGAGCUACCCAAAGGGAUAGUAGAAAUCACUUUGAAGUUUGAGCUAGCUUGAGGAAUAUUGUAGCCUUCUGUUCUUGCUAUAUGUAAUCGAAAACAUACUUAGCUUGUUUUAUAACUUUUAUUGUUUGAAAAUAACACGUUUGUACUUGAAUAUAUAUGUUUUAUAAUUGCAAUUUCAUAACAGCAUAUAAACAAAUAUAGAGGUCUUUGACGAGAAGUCUGAUUAAUGUGAUUGAUUCUGA